UGAGGCGGCGAGGGCGGCCCGACGGGCGCGGGACGGGACGGGGCAGCGCGGGCGCCGGGAGCUGCGGCCCGGAGUCGGGGCGCCUUGCCCCGGGUCCCCCAGCAUGAAGACCCCGGCGGACACAGGGUUUGCCUUCCCGGAUUGGGCCUACAAGCCGGAGUCGUCACCUGGCUCGAGGCAGAUCCAGCUGUGGCACUUUAUCCUCGAGCUGUUGAGGAAAGAGGAGUACCAGGGGGUCAUCGCCUGGCAGGGGGACUACGGGGAAUUCGUCAUCAAGGACCCCGACGAGGUGGCUCGGCUCUGGGGCGUCCGCAAGUGCAAACCACAGAUGAAUUACGAUAAGCUGAGCCGGGCCCUGCGCUAUUAUUACAACAAACGCAUUCUGCACAAGACCAAGGGAAAACGGUUCACCUACAAGUUCAACUUCAACAAACUGGUGCUGGUUAAUUACCCUUUCAUCGAUGUGGGCUUGACUGGGGGUGCGGUACCCCAGAGUGCCCCGCCAGUGCCGUCAGGUGGCAGUCACUUCCGCUUCCCUCCCUCAACGCCUUCUGAGGUGCUGUCCCCCACUGAGGACCCCCGUUCACCACCUGCCUGUUCUUCAUCCUCGUCUUCCCUUUUCUCGGCUGUGGUAGCCCGCCGCCUGGGCCGUGGCUCGGUCAGUGACUGUAGCGAUGGCACAUCAGAGCUGGAGGAGCCACUGGGAGAGGACCCCCGGGCUCGACCACCCGGCCCUCCAGAGCUGGGUGCCUUCCGUGGCCCCCCACUGGCCCGCCUACCCCAUGACCCCGGUGUCUUCCGUGUCUACCCCCGGCCUCGGGGUGGUCCUGAGCCCCUCAGUCCCUUCCCUGUGUCGCCCCUGGCCGGUCCUGGCUCCCUGCUGCCCCCUCAGCUCUCACCGGCACUGCCCAUGACGCCCACCCACCUGGCCUACACACCCUCACCCACCCUGAGCCCUAUGUACCCUGGUGGCGGCGGGGGCCCCAGUGGCUCAGGGGGAGGCUCCCACUUUUCCUUCAGCCCCGAGGACAUGAAACGGUACCUGCAGGCCCACACCCAAAGUGUCUACAACUACCACCUCAGCCCCCGCGCCUUCCUGCACUACCCUGGGUUGGUGGUACCCCAGCCCCAGCGCCCUGACAAGUGCCCGCUGCCACCCUUGGCACCUGAGACCCCGCCGGUCCCCUCCUCGUCCUCGUCCUCCUCUUCUUCCUCUUCCUCCCCAUUCAAGUUUAAGCUUCAGCCGCCCCCACUAGGACGUCGGCAGCGGGCGGCUGGGGAGAAGGCUCCAGCAGGCGCUGACAAGAGCAGUGGCAGUGGCGGCUCUGGCCGUUUGGGUGAGGGGGCGGGGGCAUUGGCCCCACCACCACCGCCACCACAGAUCAAGGUGGAGCCUAUCUCGGAAGGCGAGUCAGAGGAGGUGGAGGUGACUGACAUCAGCGAUGAGGAUGAAGAAGAUGGGGAGGUGUUCAAGACGCCCCGUGUCCCGCCUGCACCCCCCAAGCCUGAGCCUGGCGAGGCACCUGGGGCAGCCCAGUGCAUGCCCCUCAAGCUGCGCUUUAAACGGCGCUGGAGUGAAGACUGUCGCCUGGAGGGGGGUGGGGGCACUGCUGGUGGCCUGGAGGAUGAGGGAGAGGACAAGAAGGUGCGUGGGGAGGGGCCCGGGGAGGCUGGGGGGCCCCUUACCCCAAGACGGGUGAGCUCUGACCUCCAGCACGCCACUGCCCAGCUCUCUCUGGAGCACCGUGAUUCCUGAGGGCUGUGGGCUGGGGACUGUGUCCCCUUCAUGCUUCUUUUGCUGCCUUAACCCCUCCCACCCCCUCCCCAAAUGCCCUGGAGGUGAGGGCAGCUCUAGUCUUUUCCCACCUCCUCCCUGUCCCCUCCUCACAUUUUGUAUAAAACUUUUUUUUUUUUUUUAAUGGUUGGGGAGGGUGGGUGCCCAGGGCUAUCUCCUGUCUCUGUGGGUUUCUAAGCUCUGGACAAAGUGGUGGGAGGGAGCGGGGGGAGAAGUUGGGGAGGUAAGGGGGCUGCCUCCAUUCUGGGGAAUUUUUAUUUGAACGAGGCUUUGGCCUCAACACCCAGGAACUUUUUUAUUACAAUUGCCUAGGAAGUAAAGCCGUCUCCCUUCUGUCCUCUGCCUCUCAUGCCUCUCUUCUGCCCCCAGGUGGUCCCAGUCCCAACCCUGCCUUCCCUGCCCUUCCAGGGGCCAUGAGUGCCUGGGUUUCUCAUACCCCACAAGGUCGCAGCAGGGGAGGGAGGGACAAUUUUUAUGAUGAACCAAAAAUUCCGUG